AUGGUUGUGAACGAUUUUGGCGACCUUGAUACUGGAGCAGAGUUCAUAUUCAUCCCUAUCCGUAGGUAUGCGCUUCCUACCCUCAUAAAAGAUCUUGAGGCUCGAUCAAGCAGUAAGGUGACGAUUACCCAAGAGGGUUCUAAGCUUAUCGUCAAUUGUAAUCAACGGCAAAACCUUCCUUCGGUGAACUUCCUUUUAAAGGGUGUUGAUGGUUCGAACGUUGAGGUGAAGAUCCCCCCAGAUGCAUAUGUGGAUAUUAGAACGGAUGCCAAAAAGCAAACUUUUUGUCGCAUACUUCUUGAAGUGUCUGAUGAUGAUGUAUGGGGUAUUGGUCACCCUAGCGUCAUGGGACGUUAUUUUUUGUAUGAUUGGAAGAAUAGUAAGAUAGGUAUUAGUGAACUCAAGUAG